AUGCCAGCACGCGUCAGCAGCGAGCGCGUCUCGCAGUCGCCGGCUCGCCUUCGUUUCGUCCUGACUGCCUAUCAUCACUCACUCUUGCACAGCACACGUAUCGACCGGAAAAAGGUGGGGGUGGCAGUGAACCUGAACAACAAGAUGCGUCGAAGGGCUGCACGGAACGCCCUGCUCGGCGCCGCCUGUCUGGUGUGCUGCUUCCUGCUGCUCGCCGCUUCGUCGUGGACGGGCUCGAGUGAGUCCAGCAACGAGACCAUGCAGCCGCCGCACGGUGCUUUGACCCCGCAGCAGCGCGCUGUGCUCCCUGCCGCAGUCCGCUACAAGUCAGCGAACGACGUCCAGCAAGCCCAGCAGCGCGAAGACGCCGCUCUUGCUGUCGCGCGCUACCAGGCUCAGGUAUACACCGGCGGCGGCCUCGCGCUUCCUUCCACCUUCCGCAUCGUGGUUGCUGGAUUUGUCUACCUGUUGCUUCCGUGUUUCCUCGUUGUUGAAACGAAGCGCGCGCGAAACUUUUACUAUCGUCAUGGAACUCCAUGA